AAUGUCAUGAUGAUGAGAAUGAAAUAAAAAUGGAUUUGGACAAAUAUUUUGCUUAUUCACAAUCCACAGCAUCUAAUCAUCAUCUCUUUCCAUCCAAAGUGACAGAUGUCUAUGAUCGAGUGAUUCCUAUCAAAUCACUUGUUGAAAAAUAUCGAGUAUUUGUCAUCACCAUAGCAUCAAUCCAUCAUUCUAUUGAUUUUAUUUAUACAUUGCUCAAUACAUUAAAAACAAGAAUAAAGACAACUUCCAAAGAUAUACGUUUCGUUAUUCUAUGUCCUGGGUCUAAACGACAAGUCCUUGAUCGUAUCCAUGAUGAUGAUGAUGAUUUCCUCUUUUGGCUUGCUUCUCCUAGUGUGGCGCAACAAUUACAAUUAUUCAUUACUUUUGAAAGAUAUGAAGGCAGUUUCUUAUUAGAAAUACAUUCAUCUUGUCGAUGGCAAUUAAUAUAUCAUAUCAAUCAUAUAAAAGACCGCAAUGACGAUGAGAUGAAUUGGUUAGUACGAUCUUUAGCAUACUCUCGACUUGACUGGGAAAAAAGAGCUCAAGUGAUCAUAGAUACCACCAUGAAAAUAUCAUUUGACAUUCCAUUUUUCAAUCCAAUGGCUAUACCAUCAUCCUCUUCUCCUUCUUGGGGUUGGCUUACUUUUCCUUUUGAAAUUCAAUAUGCUAUCUUACAAGCCAUGCAAAUUCAAGAUAUACUUGCCUGUUCACGAGCAUCUCCCCAUCUACAUCAUGUCAUUGGCCCAUGGCUUGCAUAUCAACUACAAACACAUCUCCGCUCUUUGUCUAACUAUAAAGAUCUACCUCUUCGUUCUUUACAAUCUCAUGAACGACAAUUAACUUGGUUACUCUUUCAGUUACAACCUGUCUUAUCACAAUGAAUGCAAUGCAAAAUAUAUCGUUUAUUGUUUCCUUAUUUAGACAACUAAACCAAAAAAAAAUAUCAAUUGAUAAUUAUUAUCCAAUACCA